AUAUUGUGAUUUAUACGGCGGUUCUGAUUACUUGAAAUUACUCAUCUUUCAGCAUUUCUUUCUUCUUGCAUCAAAAGAUGACUUCUUCACAUCCUGAUGCUGAAUCUAAAAACGCUUCCUCGGUUUCACAAGAGCCAGAAAAGCCUCGAUAUGAACCUAUUAGAAUGCCCACUGGAGAGCUUCGCGCGCAAGAGGUUUGGAAUAACUGCGCUGUCCGUAGUGUCGUCAGUGGAGUCAUGGGAGGUGGGCUCGGGUUGGCCAUGGGUCUGUUUUUAGGUGCAUUAGAUAAUCCAAUAAUGCAAGAAGAAAUGACUGGAAGGCAGCAAUUUAUGUACACUUUGAAGCAAAUGGGGCGAAGAAGCUGGAGUUCAGCCAAAGCAUUUGCAGUCAUGGGCUUGGUGUUCUCAGCUGCUGAGUGUGUUGUUGAGAAGGCACGGGCAAAACACGACACCACCAAUACUGUUGUUGCUGGGUGUGUGACUGGAGGUACGAUGUCGGCAAAAGGUGGGGCAAAAGCUGCAUGUGUUGGCUGCGCUGGUUUUGCGGCAUUUUCGGUUGUGAUAGAGAAGUUUUAGAUAGAAAUACUUGACUGGAUGAUGUACUAUGCACCAAUUUUGCGAAGCAUCCGUUUAUCAAGGCUUCAGAUAUUAUCAGCAAUUGUUAGCAUGGAAGAUUUACAGUUUCCCUUUCAUUAUUUACAAACCUUAUAUAAUAACUUCCCUCCAGAAUCUGAUAAUAACGGGAUGUAUAAUUGAAACCAUAGCUUAUUGGUCUUGUACCAUUUCAUUCUUUUUCCAUUUCAGUUUCAGUAGUCAAUAUAUUCUUGAUAUGUCAGGAUAGACACCAUAUAUGAAUUAUACAUUCUUCAACUAAAUUAAGCUGGAUUUUUUAUUGGUUACUUUA